CUCAAUCAGUCGUGUGUUAGCUUGAGGUUCCAUCGCGUCAGCAUCAUGAGAAUACUUUUUGUGUUGUGUGUCGGCACAAUUUUGUUGGCAUUGGGCGGCCUGCCGCUGCCGCAGGCGGAAGGUGCCAAAAUUUUGGCCACACUGCCCUGGCCGGGACGCUCGCAGUACAUCUUUGUGGAGAACUAUCUGAAGGGAUUGGCGGCACGCGGUCAUCAGGUGACGGUGAUCAAUGCAUUCAGGAAUAAGGCCACACCGAAUAUGCGCUUCAUUGAGGCAACCAAAGUGCAGGAGUAUGCCCAGGAAAUGUUCAGCGAUCUGGCGGCCUCCAAUCUGUGGCAGGAGUUCAAUGGACAUACGCGUAUCAUGGAAAAAAUCGUUGGUUUUACGCUGGACGAUGCGGGUGUACAGAAGCUAUUGAGAUCGGGCGAAACCUUCGAUGUGGUGCUGGCCGAAAUGAUUGAAACGCCGCCGCUGUAUGGAUUGGCGCAGCAUUUCAAUGCCACAUUGGUGGGCUUUUCAAGCUAUGGUACAGAUUUCCGGAUCGACAGUGUCUUGGGUAAUGUCUCGCCAGUGUCGUAUAAUUCAAUGAUUAUUGCACCACGCACCGAUCGAAUGUCGUUUGGCGAGCGACUCGCGAAUCAUUACGAAUAUUUGGUGGAAAAAUUGCACCGUCAAUUGGUGCAUCUGCCGGCCAUGGAUCGUUUGUAUGGCAAGUAUUUUCCGGGUGCACGGCUAACGAUGGCCGAGGUCUUGGACUCGUUUGCGCUGGUGCUGCUGGGACAGCAUUUUGCCGUCUCCUAUCCGCGUCCCUAUCUGCCCAAUAUGAUUGAGGUCGGAGGAUUGCAUAUUGCCCACCAGCCACAGCCCCUGCCCGAGGAUAUCGCGGAGUUCAUUGACGGUGCGCAGCAUGGUGUCAUUUACUUCUCGAUGGGUACGAAUGUCAGGAGCAAGGAUCUACCGGCGGCGACACGCGAUAUACUGCUGAAGACUUUCGCCAAACUCAAGCAGCGUGUGCUGUGGAAAUUCGAAGAUGAUCAACUGCCCGGAAAGCCCGCAAAUGUGCUGAUCAAAAAGUGGUACCCACAGCCGGACAUACUGGCCCAACCCAAGGUCAGGCUGUUCAUCACCCACGGCGGCUUGCUCAGCACCAUUGAGAGCCUGUAUUUCGGCAAGCCCGUACUCGGUCUGCCCGUCAUCUACGAUCAGCAUUUGAAUGUGGAACGCGCCCAACGCAUGGGCUUUGGCUUGGGUCUCGAUUUGAAUAACUUGAGGCAGCCGGAAUUCGAGGCAGCCAUUCGCACACUGAUCUCGGAGCCCAGCUAUGCCAAGGUAUCUGCCCAGAUCUCCGAACGGUAUCGGGAUCAGCCGCAGACUGCGUUGGAGCGUGCCAUUUGGUGGACCGAGUACAUCAUCAGGCAUCAGGGUGCAGCGCAUUUGCGGGCGGCAUCGCGCGAUCUCAACUACAUGCAGCUGCACAGCUGGGAUACGCUCCUCGUGCUCGUCGGCGUACCGCUGCUGAUUCUCGGACUGUUGCUCAAAUUAUCUUGUAGAUUGUUGCGGGGCAGCAAACCCAAAGGCUGUCCGUAUGCCAAUAAGCCAAAGAAACAGUAAAAGCGAUCACAGUAGCCACUAUAAUGUACCUAGUUUGUUCUUAUAAGUCUUAUCAGUGUUUUAGUUGGUGUUAUCAGUGUUGUAGCAGCUGUUAUCAGUGUUGUAGCUGCUGUUAUCACUGCUAUAUAGAAGCGGCUCUGUUAUCUCUGUUAUCUCUGUCAUCAAGUUGAAAUUAUAUUUCAUUUUUGCUCAAUUAUUUGCUGUUUGUUUUGUAUGGAAAAUUGGUGACACGCACCGGAGAAUCUUUGUGUUAUUUUUUUUUUUUUUUUGGGGGAACACCUUUCGAGUGCUCUUUGGAUUUUGAUAAGAGAUGGCUGAUACGCUGCUGACCUACAUAUAAAUAAAGCGGCACCCACACAACAUAGGAAAUAUAUGUAGGUACACAG